UAGCGUGUAUAUUCUAUGGUAGGAAUGUAGCCGCGAAACACGACAUUGCUCUCAAAUAAAAAUAUCCAUUUUUAAAAGAUGUUUUUAUUUCGAUAAACUUAAGAGGCAAUGGCCCAAGUGCUGAGGCUUCAUAGUCCUGCUGGGGCAGAAGCAAUUACGUACGAUUGGCCUUUACAUCAUUCGAAUGGACGUGACGAUACACAAGAAAUUAUUGAAACGAUACGAUGGGUUGGAGUUGAUUUUCCGGAGCUGCAAAUUGCCAUUGAAAAUCGAGUUUUGAACGAAUACGACCCAAAGUGUUUUCAUAGCAUGUCAACAAUGUGUGAGCGUUAUAAUCGGGCCGUCGAUAGUGUAGUUAAACUUUGGAAAGGAAGAUCUCCACCAAAAUGUUUAAAUCAGCGUCCUUCGCAAGAUUUACUGCGACAUGUACUAUCGAAAGUUUAUAAUCAUAGUAUAAAAGAUCCAGAAAAAUUAAAUUUGUACGAACCCUUUUCACCCGAAGUUUAUGGAGAGACCUCUUUUGAUUUAGUAGCACAAAUGGUAAAAGCUAUACCUUUUCAGUCGGAGGAAAUUUUUCUGGACUUAGGAAGUGGUGUUGGUCAAGUUGUGCUGCAGGUUGCUGCAUCUACUCAUGUUAAAGAGUGUGUUGGUAUUGAAAAGGCAUCUACUCCUGCAAAAUAUUCUCUAGAAAUGGAUAGAUUGUUCAGACAAUGGAUGAGUUGGCAUGGAAAAACAUACAGCCCAUUUCGACUAGAGAAAGGGGAUUUUCUGUCAGAUAACAAUGAAUCAGAGAUUUCCAGGGCAUCUAUAAUUUUUGUAAAUAAUUUUGCUUUUGGUCCAAAUGUUGAUCAUCAACUAAAGCAAAGGUUUUCACGCCUGAAGGAUGGGACACAGAUUAUAUCUUCUAAACCAUAUUGUCCUUUGAAUUUUCGAAGGACAAAUCGUAGUUUAUCUGAUAUUGGUGCUAUACUAAGGAUUACAGAGUUAGCAACAAUGCCAGGUUCAGUGUCAUGGACUGGUAACCCUGUGUCAUACUAUCUCCAGAUGGUGGAUAGCACAUUGUUGGAGGAGUAUUAUUCUGAGUUGAAAAGGAAGAAGGAUAAGGAAGAAACCUGUAGUCUUGAUGGAUCUAUUGGCAUUGAAGAUGAAUGGGUUGGCAAGUUGGAUGAACUGGAUGAGCUAUCACAGGGAACAACUGCACGUCAGUGGAACAAUCUCAUUGCUUUGAUAGAACAACACAAGAUUGAGCCAGUUGUGGUGAACAAGACAGACACGUUGAAUGUUGAUUAUGUGAAGAAGAAAAAGAAAAAGAAGCGCAAAGAUCAAAAGAAAGAUGCAGCCUCUAAUGUGAAGCGAAAAUAUCGUAGACAUAUAAAGAAAAACAAUAAGCAAAAUUUAAACUAUCUUGCUGUCUCUGCCCUUGAUAAAGCAACAAAGUCAGCCUUAGUGAAGUCAAGCAAUGGAUAUAUUACACCUAUACCUCAUGGUCUUAAUGAGUUUAUGGAAACAAUGAAACAACAGUAUAUUGCAUUUUGGCAGCACAUGCAAACACCACAGUAUAAUGAAUCUUUGCUACAAGAUAUUGAAGCAGUUCGUAGACGGAAAAGACUUUUAACAAAUCAGGUUAAAGAACUGGAGUGUCAUAUUUAUAGUUUACAAGAAAAUGGUAAGAUGUUGUUGGAGAAACGUAUGGAGGAAAUUGGUUUGGAUGCUAUGAAACCAGAAGAAGCGUUCAUAACUUUGCACGAGUUAGUUGAACAGCAACUCACUCUAAUAGAGAAAUGUGUAAACAUGGAUAAAGAAGUAUCAAUGCUUGAAUCCACAAGUAGAACUUCAAAUUUUGAUGCUAGAAAGACAGAAAAACAUGUCCUUUUGAGUGAGUUACAUGUACCAGAUAAUUUUCGUAAAGGAUUGUUAAACGAAGUCAUUUUGCAGUCAAAGCGAAAACAAGAACUUCUUGAAAAAAUUAAGGAAUGUGACACACAAGUGACUGGUCCACCUCGUAAACGAAGGAUAAAUAAGGAUAAAUAUGAUAAUGAUGAUGAAGAAAUGGAUAUUGAUGUGGGGAUCUAUGCGGUUUCAAAAAAUAAAGGUAGAAACGGUCCUGGAAAGUCAAAAAGUAGUAAAUGUUCUUUAAACCUACAAUUGAUGGAACCUGCGAUGCCUAAUCCUUGUUUUACUUUGAGUAGCAGUGAAUUUAAUCUAGGUCCUGACCAAUUACUUACAAAAACCUUUACUGACACUAACGACGCCUUGAAGACAAAGCCUGGAGAUCAAAUACUUCCGUCGAUUUGUACCAUCGCCAAGUCAUCAUCACCUUCAGGUGUAGAGGAUUUCAAGAAUUCUGUAGAGAGUAACGAAAAGAUGCAUAUCUUUGGUCAUGAAGAUUCAGACACAAAUAUAUUGGAGUCGAAAGCAAAAUCUAAUUUCAGCAUCGCGCAUCUUGCUGGGAUUGUAGAACGAUCUCAACUUAACAAGCAACAAAAUAACAUUUCUGAAGAAGCCAAACGCUCAUCAGAGGAUAAACUUGACAGCAGAUUUAGUGGUUCAUUGCCAUGCAACAAGAUAAAGAACGUUGUUUCAAAAUCUGAUAAUCCACGCGAAGAUUUGAAAAGUAGAGCUGAAACCGUGUCCAAUUCACUCCAAGAAAAAUCUGUUAAACUUAAUGGUGUCAUAAGCGAUGUUAAUGCACAUUUUCAAAAGUCUUUGAAUUCAAUACGAAUUCUACCAAAAGACUCUAAUAUUCUUCCAGAAUGUUCGACAUUUAAAGGUACUUUUAUUAAUCAUGGUAAGGGCAUCAGUUCUAUAUUAAAUUCUCAGCGACUUCAAUCAACAAUCGUUAACAACUGCGUACGCGAACCUGUAAUAACAACUUCCCACUCAUGGAAUAAGUCGGAAGGAAGUACUACAACUAUUUUAUUUAACUCUCGUCCUCUAACCUCGCUUGGCAGUGACUAUCAAAAUAAAAAUGAUCAAAAACUUGUUGCAAAAGAUUGCUUGCUUGACGGCGAAAGAGUUGAAUCAGUUCAAGGAUUUAUCAAUUCAACACGUCCUAAUACAAUCAUAUACGGUAGCGAACCGUCUUCAAUGAAGAACGUCAUUUUAAGAAAUGAAUCAUUGUAUUUGAACAACAAUGAUUUGCUCCCUAGGUAUCCAAGUAAAGUUUUGAAACCAAAUGAUCCAACGAAAGGUGUUAACGGUGUUUAUGUAACCACACAAUAUGGUGAUAAAAGUUAUCCUAGAUAGAACUUCUUCGUCGCCAUUCUCGUGUAAAUAAUAAUUUCCUACAUAUUUAAGAAUUGACCACUAAUAUGCUUGUAUAUAAAAUAUUCUUAUCAGGCUGGAGAGCACUAGUGUUUUAAUGUUCGAACAUACUUCUCAAUGCUAAAUUAUCCAAUUAAAUUAUGUGUGUAAAUGAGUAGUGCUUUUUGAUAUUUCAUUUAUACAUUAAAAACAGGUAUGUUAUAUAA